AUGUCUGACCUGGCUACUAUUGUUGAUGUACCUUCCCAGAAGACAGGCUCUUCUCAGGCUAUCAUCGAUUGUGCCAGUGGUACUGUUGGAGGCAUUGUCCAGGUUCUUGUUGGUCAGCCAUUUGAUACCGUCAAAGUGCGUCUUCAAACACAAUCUACCACUAAUCCUGUUUACUCGGGUAUGAUGGACUGUGUACGUCAGAUCAGACAGCGCGAAGGUCUUGGAGGCUUCUACAAGGGCACAACAACCCCACUGGUUGGUAUUGGUGCUUGCGUAUCGAUCCAAUUCGUUGUUCUUGAGUCUAUGAAACGCACCUUUGCCGGAAAAAACAACGAUCCCUUGACAAACACCCAGUUUUAUAUGGCUGGUGCCGCAAGUGGUGUUGCCAACUCAAUUGUAUCUGGCCCUGUUGAGCACAUCCGUACCCGGCUCCAGGUCCAGACUGGCCCCAAUGGAUACAAGGGUCCUGUCGACUGCAUCAAGCAGAUCUAUAGUGCUCAUGGUCUAGCUGGAAUCUACAAGGGUCAGGCAAUAACUGUUCUCAGAGAAUUCCAGGGUUAUGGUGCCUAUUUCCUGGCUUACGAAUGGCUGGUGAAGCGUUCGAUGGAAAAGACUCAGCGCAAGAGAACUGAAUUGCCUGCCUGGGAAGUAUGCAUGUACGGUGCUGCCGCCGGUUACGCCAUGUGGAUGACUGUGUAUCCCGUUGAUAUAAUCAAGUCCAAACUUCAGACUGAUGGUUUUGAUAAGGCCACACGCAAAUACUCCUCUGCUCUUGAUUGUGCUCGCAAGAUAAUGGCAGUUGAAGGGUUUGGUGGCUUCUUUAGAGGUAUUGGUGUUUGUCUGUUGAGAGCAGCACCUUCCAAUGCGGCAACAUUUAUGGGCUUUGAAUUAGCCAUGCGUAUGUUCUCUCACUAGAAAAAUGACAUUAUACAAGAUAUAUUACACAUACACACAUACACACUCAUACAUUUGUAUAAAAUCAUGCUCUCUGUUUUUACCCAUUUUGUUUUACUUUUUCUAUUUUGGUGAAAUACCUCUAUUGUAUAUGUAUGUAUGUGUAAACAGCGCGUGUGUGUAUAUGGGAGUAUAAGCAUAACUUGUAAUAUAUAUAAAUUCAUUCCUUAUUCCUCAUC